ACAAACAAACAGGAGGCCCAAGUUCGCUCUCACGGGAUUUCGAUAUUUGUUUAGUUAUAUUCAUUAAAAGAUUAGGGUCGUUAUUGGUUAUAGGUAUUUUUUUUUAAACAGAUGAAUGACAAGAUAGAAAGUGAAUUCCCUCUUUUGCAAGAUGUUGUAUAUUUGGACCAUGCUGCAGCAACCUUGUAUGCGAAGAGCCAACUUGAGAGCUAUGUGCAGGAUCUCAGCAGUCAUGUCUAUGGAAACCCACACAGUAGAAGCCAGUCCAGCCAGCUGACAGCAGAGGUCAUUGAGCAUGUGCGGGAAAGAAUUUUGCGCCAUUUUGGAACAUCUUCCGAAACCCAUAGUGUCAUCUUUACAGCCAACUGCACAGGAGCAAUCAAACUUGUUGCCGAAACAUUCAAAUGGAACACAACACCCACCAAAGAAUUAAUCCGGUCUACCGAACAUGAUGCUAGACAAAAUCCGGUCUUCCUCUACCUUAAAAACUCUCACACAUCCGUUGUUGGGAUGCGUGAGUACGCCUCCAAGCACGGUGCAGACUUUGGUUGUAUCAACGAGCAGGAAGUCCAAACCUCACUAGAAACUUCACAAGCAGUGACCGAAAGUGCCCUCAAAGGGGAAUUACCAAACUGUUUGUUUGCAUAUCCUGCUCAGUGUAAUUUUUCUGGUAGGAAGUAUCCACUCAAUUGGACCAAUCGUUUAAAAUCUUACGAAACAGCAACUCUACACGGUUGCUGUGGAAGAUGGUGUGUACUCUUAGAUGCAGCAUCCUAUGUUAUGACAUCAAAGCUUGACCUUGGUUUUUACUGCGCAGACUUUGUCCCAGUGUCUUUUUACAAGAUGUUUGGAUUCCCAACUGGUAUUGGUGGAUUGAUCAUCAGGAAUGAAUCAGUCUCCUUCCUUCAGAAAACAUUCUUUGGAGGAGGGACAGUUCAGGCAUAUUCAAGUAGUGAGAAUUUCCACAUCCCAAAGCUUAAAAUUCAUGAAUGGUUUGAGGAUGGCACACUCCCGUUUUUAAACAUUGUUGCACUUCGACAUGGUUUUGAUACAUUACAGGGUUUGGCAGGAGGAAUCAAUCAAAUAUCGCAGCAUACGUUCACACUCGCCAGAUACAUCCAUCAUGAACUAGAAUCAUACUACCAUAGCAACGGCAAGCCAGUAGCUAUACUUUAUCAUGAUAAUGGCUUUGAAGAUAUCACAAUUCAAGGGGCAAUAGUAAAUUUUAAUCUACUGAGAGAAAAUGGAGACUAUGUUGGUUACGCAGAGGUGGAUAAGCUAGCCAACCUUUACAACAUUCAACUUAGAACUGGUUGUUUUUGUAACACUGGGGCCUGUCAGAAAUUUUUGGGAUUGACAUCUGAAAAAGUGAAGAACAAUUUUCAGGCGGGACAUAGCUGUGGAGAUGAUAAUGAUUUAAUCGAUGGUCAGCCAACCGGAUCUGUCCGGAUAUCUUUUGGCUAUAUGUCAAGGUGGAAAGAUGCAGAGAGAUUUUUACAGUUCAUCAGAGAAUGCUUUGUGUCUGGCACACAGGAUACUGCAGCUCAACGUUUGAACAAAAUUUCAAACACUCAAGUUGAAGAACCACUCUUGAAUGAUAAUACUCCACAGUCAUAUCAGAAAAAAGAUGAAAUUGACCCAUCUUUGAAUCAUAAUGGUCAUCAAAACAAGAAAACACGUCUUCCAGAUUCAGGGUGCCAAGAACCAAUUGAAACCGGAUUAAACCAGUAUAUUCACGAGAUACAUCACCCAGAUCCAGAAACCAGAAUCAACCAGUAUCUUCACAAGAUGUUUAUAUACCCUAUUAAAUCAUGUGGUGCAGUGGAGGUAAAGGAAUGGAAACUUGGUGCAAAAGGUUUUGUAUAUGAUAGGGAAUGGAUGGUAGUGAAUGAGAAUGAUGUUGCAUUGAAUCAGAAGAGGAACACAAAGCUUUGCCUUAUAAAACCAAAUAUUGACCUCGGGAAGAAUGUUCUUAUUUUGAAUACUAAAGGGAAAACUCCAUGUACAGUUCCACUGGAGAUUGAAGAGACGCUAUUAUCGGAAUCUUCCACACGAGAAGAUCCACGAGUUUGUGAGAGUAGAGUUUGCAUGGAUAGGGUGCAAGGCAUUGAUUGCGGACAAGAGGUGUCGGACUGGCUCUCGGAUGUACUUGGCCAACGAUGUAGACUUAUCAAACAAAAUCAUAGAUACAAACGCCAUACAAACCGAAUUGGUGAGACUGCUGAAGUGUCUUUUGUAAAUGAGUCACAAUUUUUACUGGUUAAUAAAGCAAGCAUAAAUCAUCUUCUCAAGUACAUACAACAAAGACAGUGUAUCACAGAUGUUAAUGUACAGGAUACCGUUAUUCGGAUGGAUCUUGACAAUUUGACUGCUCGAUUUCGUGCCAAUUUUGUCAUCUCUGGUCAGGCCGCAUUUGAGGAAGAUGAAUGGAAAGAAGUUUACAUACAUGGCGUGAAGUUUAAGGUUGUUGGUCCCUGUUGA